UCCUCGGGAUAAGUGUGGGGGAGGCUGAUUGGGGGGCUCAUCCGGCUCCAACGCCCGAGGCUCCGAAAAGAGAGAGUUGGCGGAGGGAGCGGACCCCGUGCGGGGCCAUGGCCUAGGCCCUUCGGCCCCGGCCCUGGCCGCAAUGACCUCUUUGCCCUGCCCCCUCCCUGGCCCGGACGCCUCCAAAGCCGUCUUCCCGGACAUCGCCCCCGUCCCAUCGGUAGUGGCUGCCUACCAGCUUGGCCUGUCCCCUGCAACCGCAGCCGCCUCCGAUUUGCCCUAUUCUGGGCCGUAUGGCCACGUCCUGCCCUAUCCCUACACUGGGCCGGCGACCCCCGGAGACUCCUACCUGCCCUGCCAGCUACCCACGGCGCCGUCUCAGCAGUCUCAUCAAGAGCGGGAGCCAGACUCGGAGAAGCCGCCGCUGUCCCCGGAGCCCUCAGAGCGGCGCCCGCAGGCCUCGACCAAGAAGCUCCGGAAGCCGAGGACCAUCUAUUCGAGUCUGCAGCUGCAGCACCUGAACCAGCGUUUCCAGCACACGCAGUACCUGGCUCUGCCCGAGAGGGCCCAGCUGGCCGCGCAGCUUGGCCUCACCCAGACACAGGUAAAGAUCUGGUUUCAGAACAAACGUUCCAAGUACAAGAAGCUCCUGAAGCAGAACUCUGGGCGACAGGAAGGGGACUUCCCUGGGAGGUCCCCCUCCCUGUCUCCCUGUUCCCCACCCCUUCCAUCCCUCUGGGAUCUACCCAAGGCAGGGGCCCUGCCCAUCAGUGGCUAUGGCAACAACUUCGGAGCCUGGUAUCAGCAUCACUCCCCUGAUGUCCUGGCUCCACCUCAGAUGAUGUGAAUCUGGGGACGAGCAGGUCAGGCUCCCAGCCCUCCUAUAGCGCCCAGGCAGGACCCAGCCCACCUGCACCCCUUCUGGGCCAGGAGGAAGCCAGAUCCAGAUGGGUUUUCUCAGGAGGAUGAGGAGCUAGAGGAGAAAACGGAUGCGGUGGAGUCCUUUCCUCCUUGCCUCAUAACCCAAACAGCCUUGGCCAUUGCCCCCCACCACCACCAAGGACUGGACACCUUCCCUCCAGCUGGUCAGAGGCUCUGGAGAGAGACUCACUGGCUGGAGUUCAGACUUCCCAGGACCCCUAGUCUUGCCACUCCUUGAAAGGACCGCAGUCCCACCACAACCUGGGGUUCAACCAGCAACAAACACUGAGUGUUUUUUCUCUUUGUGUGCCUUGGGCCCUGCCCAACCCACUGGUGAGUAAAAGCAGAAGUGAAGUGGACAUCCAGAGUCUUCAAGUUGACCACCAUCGAGACCCACCCACUGAUUUUUCCUGAUUUUUAUCCCCAUAACUGAUACACCUACUCACCAUCCUAUGAGGUAGAUGGGAUGGAGUAGUUUUGUGCACCUAUGGGUAAUUUUUACUCUCUUCCUAAAAAAGCCCCUCUUUUCCCCAUGUCUACCCACUAUGAGUAGAUAAUGGAUCCAAUUACCCAUCUAGUUCAAUGAGUACUUAUUAAGAGUCUGAUUCCUAUCCCUAAUUCCUAAACAAAUCCACAUGCACACACUCUCUGGAACCCAGCACGGUAACACUUUGGGGAGAAUGGGGACAAGUGUAGGUAGAGAUGCCCCCAAAUAGGUGGGGUGAGCCCAGCAGUUUAGCUCCUCACAGCUGUCUCUGUCGAAUAGAACUGCUCAUAUUUAUAACCAAUCUGACUAGCAGCCCCCCAAGCUCUUACCAUCCCCCAUAUCAUGA